UGUGUGGUGUUUUCAGCUGAUGCUUUUGAAUUCAAUUAGUUCAUUCACAUUACUAUAUUUUGAAACGAGUAAAUCCCUGGAUGAAGGAAAUUAAGUGAUUCCCCACAGAAGAAAUUGCAGACAUUUUUUUUUAUUAAUUUUCGUAUAUAAAUUGUUGGACAAAAUUAAAAUGAUCACAAUUGAGGUAGCAUUACAAGAAGCAAUACAGUUGAUACUGAAAAGAAAAUGGCGAAAUUAAUUUUUCUACUAGCUGUUGUUGCAACGUGCCUUUCUUUAACCCUUGCAGGUUUACCAAGACGAGAACGACCACCAGUCUUAAUUAAUCGUCCACCACCACCUAAACCACAUCGUUAUGCAAGGGAAGCGAAUCCUCAAGGAUCCGCCAGUUUUGGAUUCCAGAAACCAUUGAGUGGUCCAGAACGUCGUCCAACUUACAAUGUUGACUAUAAUCACAAAGUAUUCGAAAACAAACACGGUCACUUCAGUGCCACUGGUGGAGGCGUCAGGUACCCAGGGCGUAACUGGGAGCCUACCGUUGGGGUCCAAGGACAAUGGCGUUUCAGGAGAGAAGCCAAUCCUCAAGGAUCCGCCAGUUUUGGAUUCCAGAAACCAUUGAGUGGUCCAGAACGUCGUCCAACUUACAAUGUUGACUAUAAUCACAAAGUAUUCGAAAACAAACACGGUCACUUUAGCGCUACCGGCGGUGGCGUCAGGUACCCAGGGCGUAGCUGGGAACCUACAGUGGGAGUCCAAGGUCAAUGGAGAUUCUAAUCACAAUACUUAAAGAUUCUAUUUAUUAAUUCAAUACAUUGGAGACUGAAGAAUAUUUAUGAUUUUUUACAUUUAUCAGUUUAUAAAUAAAUUUGCUAAAAUAUCAAA